GACAGCAGAUUCAUAAUCUUAAUGUUGUUUGCUUCUCUGAAACUAGAGAUGCAACACACAGGAGGAGCUCAUGCACCAGGCCUGAUAGUGUCUGAGCUAGUUAAUGGGCACUACGGCCGUGCCCCUCCUUGCCCAGCAACAUUUUACCCCACUCCGUCAUCCGAUCCUAUCGCUCGCAGACUGUACUGACGUCCCUCUUGGAUUCGAGGGUACCAGCAGAGCCGGCCUCGGCGAAAUCAACAGCUCCCGAACUGGGACUAGUAGACCGCUUCCUCGGGUUCCUCGAAGUAGCAUUGAACGAUCCAUGACCUGCCAAACUACCCCCGAGCUAACAGCAACCUCGACCGAACAUCCACCACCACAACCAUUGUCGCCCAUCACCACCAUCACCACCACCACUACCACCACUAUCAUCAAUUACCAAUUUCAUCAACAACAUCAUCAUCAUCAUCAACCACCAUGGCCUAUCUCCCACUACCCCCCAAGCUCCUCAUCAUCUCCCUGAAGAUGUACUUCACCCCCGCCCAAACCCAAGAAUACUGCCGCGCCCUCCUCUCCCCACAGAACGACAUCGUCCGACCAGAACACCACCAAUCCAAGCUCCUCCUCGCCCUAAUCCCCGACUUCCUGACCAUCUACCCCUGCGCCGAGAUCAUCAAGCAGUGGGAAGCAGCGACUACCGCCCCGCGCACCACCUCUUCGACAUUCCUCCUCGGCGCCCAAGACUGCUUCUGGGAGUCGCAAGGCCCCUACACCGGCGAAAUCUCGCCGGCCGCCCUGCGCGCGCUGGGUGUCUCCCUCGUGGAGCUCGGCCACGCGGAGCGCCGCGAUCUCUUCGGCGAGACGGACGCGCAGACCGGCCGCAAGGCGGCGGCCGUGAGCGCCCACGGCAUGAUCCCGUUGGUCUGUAUCGGUGAGAUCACCGCCCCGGGUCCCGUGGCCUCGCAGGCCGUGGGGCGGGCGGUGCGCGAAUGCGAGGCCCAGGUGCGCGCGGUGCUGGACGCUAUCCCCGCGGACGCGCCGGUUAUCUUCGCCUAUGAGCCUGUCUGGGCGAUUGGGAAGCCGGCCCCGGCGGGUGUGGAUCAUAUUGCGGCGGUGGUGGAGGGGAUUAAGGCGGUGGUCAUGGGGAGGAGUGGUGGCACUAAGGGCGGCCGCGCGGGGGAAGUCCGCAUUCUCUAUGGGGGAAGUGCCGGGCCCGGGCUGUGGGGCGCGGGCGGGCUGGGGAAGGCCGUCGAUGGCAUGUUCCUGGGGAGAUUCGCCCACGACAUUGAGGGAGUUCGCAAGGUGGUUCGCGAGGUCGAGGAGACGAUAGCCUGACCUGCGUGAGUGACUGGAGAUUUGUUCCUGUGUGUAGAAUGGUGUAGGUUG